AAUGAAGUGUCAAUUUUGUCAGUGUCAUAAAUUUUCAAAUAAAAUAGCCAAGCCAAUUUGCUUUUUGCUGUGUAGAGUUAUUUUUUGAAUUUUAAACUAGGUAUUUAUUAUAAUAAUUCAUCUACAUUGAAGUAUAAUUCAUAAUGGCAUCUCCAUCUCCGAAGUCUCCAGAGCAAAGUGAAAAAAAUAAGCAAUAUGAUCGACAACUACGUCUAUGGGGUGAUCACGGACAAGCGGCACUUGAAAGUGGGCAUAUUUGCUUAAUAAAUGCGACAGCAUUAGGCACUGAGGUACUCAAAUCCAUAGUUUUGCCUGGAGUCGGUUCCAUUACAAUUGUUGACGAUAAUAUUGUAAGUGAUGAAGAUGUAGGAUGUAACUUUUUUCUCGAAUGCUCAAGUAAAGGUCUAAAUAGAGGGUCAGAAGCGUUGCGAUUAAUAUUAGAACUAAAUCCUGCUGUCCAAGGUCAUGCUGUUCAAGAACCACCUGAUCAAAUAUUGGAGCAAAAUCCAGAUUUCUUCAAAUCAUUCAGUGUAGUUAUAGCUACUGUACUUAGUGAAAAAACUAUUCAAGAAUUAGCACAACAUUUAUGGGAUAUCAAUGUCCCAUUUAUUUUAUGCCGAUCAGUAGGUUUUUUAGGAUCCUUUAGAAUUCAAAUAAAGGAACAUACCAUUAUUGAAACCCAUCCUGAUAAUGAACAACCUGAUCUGCGCUUGGAUGUUCCAUUUCAAGCAUUGUCAGAUUAUUUAAAUAGUUUCAAUAUUGAUGAUAUGGAUUUGAAAGAUCAUGGACAUAUACCUUGGAUAGUAAUACUUUAUAAAGCAGUCCAAAAAUGGCAAAUUAAUAACCCAAAUAGUUGGCCAAUGAGUAGGAAAGAGAAAAAUGAAAUAAAAAAUUUGAUCCAAGAAUUUAUAAGAAAGGAUGAAAAUGGGAUACCUAUCAAUGAAGAAAAUUUUGAAGAAGCCAUUAGAGCAGUCAACACAUCAUUAGUACCAACAUUUUUACCAGUCAAGAUUCAAGAAUUUUUAUAUAGUAGUGCAGCAACAAAUUUAACAAAAGAAAGUCCUUCAUUCUGGAUAAUGUGUUCAGCACUAAGGAGUUUUGUGGAAGCUGAAGGCAAAGGAAAAUUACCUGUUCGUGGGGUGUUGCCUGAUAUGACUGCAUCAACAGAACACUAUGUUACACUUCAAAAUAUUUACAGAACACAAGCUGCCAUGGAUGCAGAAAUUGUUUACAGAAAGGUGCAAGAAAUUGUUUCUCAACUGCACUGUGAUACUAUAAGUGAAAAUGAGGUAAAAUUAUUUUGUAGACAUGCUCAUGAUUUAUACUUACUAAAAGGUUCCAAUAUAGUUACAGAAUAUCAACUGGGUACCCCUGUAGCUUCAUAUAUAGCAAGACAUCUAGAAGAACCAGAUGUUAUGAUGGUACAUUAUAUAAUGUUAAGAGCGGCUGAGAUGUUCCGAUCUGAGCAUUGCAGAGCUCCAGGGGAUUGGGAGCCAGAAGCGGAUAUUACUAAAUUGAAGUCAUGUGUUUCAAAACUGCUCAGUGACAUAUCAUGUUCCCCUUUCCCUAAAGAUGACCAUAUCCAUGAAAUGUGUAGAUAUGGAGGUGCUGAGAUUCAUACGGUAUCUGCAUUCUUAGGUGGUUGUGUGGCUCAUGAGGCAAUUAAAUUAGUAACAAAACAAUAUAAACCUGUUAAUAAUACAUUUAUAUAUGAUGGAGCUUCUACAAAUACUGCAACUUUUACAUUUUAAUAUCUUUGUGUAAUAAAAUCAAUAAAUUGUAA